AUGUCCAAGUACGCUCCCAGCGACUACGAACGCGUCUGCUACUACAGCGGCAUCGCCGUCGAGGGCGAGUGCCCAGAGCUCAUCUAUCGGUCCGACUGCCUUACCACACCGUUCCGCUCGCCCACCGGUAGAUUCGCCACGCCCAUAGUCAAGUCUAUCUACAGUGCCGACGACACUCCACUCGGCAAGAUCUGGGCUACUGUCCUCGACGAGAUUCACGCCAUUGUGAAGACGGCCGUCCCCAGCUAUUCGUGCAUUGACGCGGACCGCUUCUACACUCACGGUCCGAAUGGCUUCAUCCACAAUCCGGACGGAGUGACAGAUGGUGGUAGCCUCGGGCCCGCCGUUGUCUGGGUCGGCGUCCCGCCCGGCUCUACCUCUGCCGACACUGCGCACGACGUCUCCCAGACGAUUCUCGCGCUUCUCCACAAGAACGGGGUCGACAACGCCGUCGUAGAAUGGCGAGGCGCUGUCGUGUUGAAGUUCUCCGGCCCCUCUCUCCUUCGUUCUACCGACCGCACCGACGCCACGUUUCAAGUACGCCAUUUCCUAACCAACGCUCUCUCGAUUCCCCUUACCACCAAGGGUCUGGAGGAGGACGACUCUUCUGGCACGAUGACCAUGUUCUUCCACGUCGUCAAGGACGCCGGUGGUCUUACCGACAAGGUCUACGGCCUUAGCAGCUGUCAUGUCCUCCGUGACGAUUGGAAGACUACGUACGAGUUCAAGGACGGGGACGACGAGGACCACGUCCGUGUCUGCUCGAUGCGUCGCUUCCAGCGGGGUCUGAAGGACAUCAUGAAGGCUGGUCGCGACGCCCUGUUCACCGCCGAGCUUGCUGCUGGCGAACUCAUCCGACACGAGAAGACGCAGGACACCACCCCGGAGGGCAAGAGGAAGGAGAGACGGCUUCGACAAGAGUGCGAACGCACGAGCGAAGACAUCGCCGACCUCCGGGCGCUCCAUGACAAGGUUGCGCAAGAGUGGUCCAACACGGCGCUCCACCGCAACGUCGGCCACGUCGUCUACGCCCCCGCCAUCCGCGCCGAUGUCGGCGACACUCGCUAUACCGCUGACUGGGGCGUUUUCGAAGCCGCCAAGGCCAAGUUCCACAAUGGGUACGAGGGCAAUGUUGUCUUCCUCGGCAAGAAGUUCUCGCCCAACGAGCUCAAGGAGAUGUUCAGCCGCGGUACGACCGAGUUCAAGUUUCCCGACGACGGCAAGCUGCCCCUCACCAACUUCGCCGGCAAGAUUUCUCUCAGCUUGCUCCCCGAGCGCGACAGCUUGGGAAACAGAUGCCUUACCGUCGGCAAGGACGGCAACAGCACUGACUUUACCGUCGGCCGCUUCACCGGUCUCGAGUCUUUCACCCAGAACGACGCCGGCUUCGAGUCCAAGAACUAUGCCGUGUACAAUUCUGGCUACAACUCCACCCAGCCCUUCUCUGGGAAGGGAGAUUCGGGCUCUGCGGUUUGGUAUGCGAACGGCAGCGAGGGGCACAUCGUUGGGCAACUUCAUUCCGGCGCCACCAAGGACGGCACUGGCGGCUCCCACGUCUCGUACCUCACCCCAGGAUGGUGGCUCCAAUCCGAGAUCGGGAAGGUAUUCCCGCACGCCGACUUCUUUCGCAAGGCCUGGUAA